AUGAAGACACCUUUCUGUAAGUGUGACAACAUUGACAACCCUAGGGAACAGUUAAACCUCUAUAACACAGUGGAGUGUCCCCAGGUCAGAAUGACCUUGUGGAAGCAUCUUACAAGCUGGAAGCAGAAGGGAACCAUGUCUACCUUGAAGUGGCUACUCCUGCUCCUGCUGCUGGAAGCAUCACAGCUUCAGCCCUUCUUCAUGUCAGCACCAGACAACCCAGGGUUCAAGACCACCACAGAGAAACUGAUACUGUCCUCAAUGGAGAAUGCCACCGCCUUUAUGGAGAAGAACCUACAGAAAACAACCCUGAUUAGUAUUUUAUCCCUCAGGGCAGUAGAAGAGGUUGAACCACUCAUUCAAUCAGGGUUCUGGAAGUUUCCCCAAACUUGGACCCACACCAAUGCCUCUUUGGUUUACCAGUCAUUUAAUUCGUCAGACUCUUCAUCACAAAAACAUACUGCCAAGUGCAUAGCCAUGCUGCUGGGAACCAGGAAGAAACUGUUCAAACAUACCCAGCACUACAUGGACAUCUUCUGUUCCAAUAUGAUGGAUGUGAACCAGAAGAUUGAGGCCACAGGAUAUGCCAACAACACCCGGGACCUCUUUAUGAAAAACAUUGUACUUUGUGGACGUGGUGGAUACGCCGACUUCUACAAACUUCAGUGGCUGAAGUACAUUCUCAGCUGGCAGAAUCCUCAAAAAGGAUGCUUUGGGACAGCCAGUGAGUACUGUUUUUAA